AUGCCACGGCCAACACCGGUGCCUAUCGCCGCCGCUCGUCCACGCAAGCAACAGAAGCUCUCACCAAGCAAGGAUAACUUUGUUGUCGGUAAACCUACCUCAACCAACAGUCCCGUCUCUAACAUACGCUCACGGAGGGAACGCCCUUGCGACGCGUGUAGAAGAAGGAAAAGUCGGUGUGUGAUACACGAGGGCGCUGCGCUGUGUGUUCUAUGCGAGUUCCACAAGCAGGAGUGCACAUUCGUACAGAGCCCGUUGCCCAGGAAGAGAAAGGUCGUUGACGGUGACAAGAAGGACUCGCCCAACGUAUCGAAGAAGAGGUCCGUUGACGCAGAGCCACCCCCACUAGCGCUCGCAACGCCCACCAUCACUGCGACAGCGCCAAGUCCCCCACCGCCUCAGCCAUUGUUGGCGGCAAACAUCCAUCUGCCUCAACUGGGUGAGACCUUGGGCCUGCAGCGCCGCCAGCACAGCAGGUACAUUGGGCUGAGUUCUCCUUUCGAUCCUACACUCAUUGGGUUAUCACAUUUUGAUCUCCGCAACGAGUCCACCUUCGAUCUUGGAAUUUUACGACGAGUUAACGAUCAUGAAUGUUUCAUUAUGCUCCCUGACGAAAACACACAAGAUCAUGCUGAAGAGGCCAAUUACCUAAGCCAUGUCGAGCAGCUUGUUCAUCCACAUGGCCCCGCCCUUCUUGACAUUUAUUUCCAGGUAGUUCACCCGAGCUACCCCAUCAUCCAAAAGCACCUCUUCAUUGAACGAUAUCGAACCGGCGACAGGAGUUUCUCACCGGCACUGCUUGCCGGGAUGUACAUUCUCGCUCUCAACUGGUGGUCAUUCGAUCCAAAGCUUGCGAACUACUCGAAACCCGAUGCUGCUCGAUUGGAGGCUAUUGCGAUGAGAUCGCUGACAUUAGCUAUGGAUAGGCCUAAGUUAUCCACAGUGCAAGCAGGACUGUUGUUACUGCAACGUCCUGAGGCCGAUUCGUGGAGUCUAACAACGCAAUUGGUAGCAAUUGGGCAAGAGCUGGGUCUCCACCUUGAUUGCACAUCGUGGUCCGUCCCGCAUUGGGAACGUGGGCUGAGGAAGCGUAUCGCGUGGGCGCUCUACAUGCAGGACAAGUGGAGCUCGCUAAUUCACGGACGGCCAUCGCAUAUCUUCAACGCAAACUGGGCAGUCAAGCCGAUCACAGAAGACGACUUUAACGAGGAAGGAGACGGGUACGAGACGCUGCAGGAAGAGAUUGAAGAGGAGAAAGAAGAAAACCAUCGGAGUCGGAUACUGUUCGCUCAGAUGAUCAGUCUUACUCAAAUUAUGGCCGAGGUGAUGGACACCUUCUACACACAGACAGCGAUCCAAGACUUCGCCAAUGCCGGACGGAAAUCGACAGAAUUGAUCUUGGCAAGAGCGAAGCCAGUCCAGAUCAAGCUGCGCCAGUGGCAUGAGAGGCUGCCUGCAGAGGUUAAGAUGCAUACACCAAGCAAAAGCAAGCUCAUUUCCACCGGGUACCUGCAUCUGGCAUACUUUGCAACAGAGAUUAGUCUUCACCGCCGCAUCGUGCAAUCCCUCGAUACUAAAGAGCCGGACAACUAUGGGCUUUUCAUGUGCCGCAACGCAGCGAAGACCCGUCUUAUCUCCGCUAUGGACUUCGUCAACCGCUUGAAGCCCGAACACCUCCAAGCUUUCUGGUUCUUUGCUUCCAAGGUGAACUUCACCCUUAUCGGUACCUUCGGAUCGCUCCUCUGGGCCACCGCACCAGCGCGCGAAGAAGCCGAGUUCUACAAGCUCAGGCUGCGCGAGUAUCGCUGGACACUUUCUGUCUCUUCCAAGCGCGCCGACUUCCUCGAUUACGCAGUCUCAAUGCUCGAUGCAAGCCGUGCUAUGCUCAACAAUUUGGCCGAGAAGCCGAGCCUGGCAGAGCAGAUCAGCAAGGCUGGUGUCCCCCCUCCAGCACCACCGAUGAUGUACCCGGUCAUGAGGCAGCUGCAGUACGAUGAAGGCGAGGACAUUAAUAUGGGCGACGAUGGCGAUAGCUUCCAGGGUUUUGAUGAUGAGUCACCGUAUGGGAGUCGACCGGGCAGUGGGGUGCAAUCGCCACGGUCCCAGUAA